AUGUCUACCCAGGCUCGAACCAACGACGACCUGAAGGCUUCGAAGCUCUUCGACGUCUCUCACAUCACAGCUCUGGUCACAGGCGGCGGUACUGGGAUUGGAUUGAUGAUCACUCAGGCGUUGGUCAGCAAUGGCGCCAAAGUGUACAUCACGGGCCGAAGAGAAGAGGCGUUGGAAAACGUGGUAAAGCAAUAUGACACGGGACCCGGAAAGGUCGUUGCGCUUCCAGGAGACAUCACUCAAAAAUCAGAAAUCACCCGUCUAGCUAAGGAAGUUGGCGACCAAGAGCCAAGUGGAAUACAUCUGCUGGUCAACAAUGCCGGCAUAGCUCGUGAUGACCCCACCAAAUAUUCCAGUCAAGGUCAACCCGACAUGAAAUCUGCCAGCGCCAUUUCAGAACACCUCCUCCAGUCUGAAUUUGACAACUGGUCUUCCACCUUCGAAACUAACGUGACUGCACAAUACUUCAUGUCCGCUGCUUUUGUUCCUCUCCUCUCGCGCGCCAAUGAAAACACAAAAGGUUAUGUUUCCUCCAUCGUCAACGUUGCCUCUAUCUCCGGAGUUAUGAAGGGCAGUUCAGGAGGCCAAUUCGCCUAUGCAGCUAGCAAGGCUGCUUUCAUCCACUUGACGCGCAUGCUGGCAACGACGCUCACGGAGACGAAAAUCCGAGUGAACUGUAUUGCGCCCGGCCUGUUUCCGAGCGAGAUGACAACGGGAGAGAGUGAUGACAAGCAGAAGAGUCAGAUUGAUAAGAAGCUGAGCAAUCCUGCUGGAAGACCGGGAAAUGAUGCCGAUAUGGCGGCUUGCAUUUUGUACCUUGCAGGUCCUGGCGGGUUGUUCUUGAACUCACAGGUGAUCUAUCCGGACGGAGGGAAUAUACUUGUGCAGCCCGCUGCGACGUAG